AUGUUGCUCCUGCACCAAACCGGAGCGGUCAAGGUUGGGGAAGUCGUCCGAUAUACGUUGACCUACACUCCCAGCCAUGACCGCAUCCUUCCUCCCCCGGCCCAUCUCUAUGUCAAGAUCAAGAACACGGCUGCGAUCCCGCUGCGCGCCGCCUACCUCCACGGCCCUUAUACUCUAUACGUUGCCUGCUACCCUUCGACUUUCAAUCCCUACAAGAAGCAUGAAAGAUACAAGGAAUAUGGAGCUCCGGAUUUCGAACCGCAGCUGAAGGCCGGGGGCCAAUGGUAUGCGAAACUGACUGUCCCAGAAGAAGUACGGAACGACACCUACCAUGCUGGAGCGAACCGGAAUGAGGCCGACAAGGCCGAGCGGAAGAGUUUUACCUGGAUCAUUGAGGUAGCUUCACAAGUCAUCUUCUCCAGGACGGCUACUGUGUCUUUUGAAGUCCUGGUAGGGCGUGAUGAGAAGUCGCUAGAACUCGGCUUCCAGGGAAUCGCCGCGUCGAGCCAAGGUACCCCGGGGAUGCUGCAGGAUCAUCAACAAGGCAAAGGCAGACAAGCCGCGCAGCCCAAAGGCGUGUUUUCCAAGGCCGUCAGGCUGGCGGUUGACGACACCGAAAGUCUUUGGAAUACACCCCCGUUCCCCGAAUGGGAAGACAGCGGCGAGGUCGAGGUCGGAGUGGAAGAAGGCCCUCAGCACGGCGAUAAGCGCGACGCUGCCGCAAAGAGCAAGACCAAGCAACGCAGACCAAAGAAAGUCCAUCUCGUCCUCCUCACCCAUGGUCUUCACAGCAACCUGGGCGCAGAUAUGCUCUAUAUGAAAGAGACCAUCGACACAGCGGCCAAGCAGGCACGAGAAGACAGUAAGAAGCAACGGUCAGAACGGAGAGCACGACGAAUGGCGGAAUCUACCCAAUUGGGACCGGACCCGGGUGAUCGGAGGUCAAAGUCUCUAGGUGAUGAAGCGACCGCAAAGAAUGACGAUGAGGAGGAGCAAGAGGAGGAACAAGUAUUAGUCCGAGGAUUCAAUGGCAAUGCCGUCAGGACAGAACGCGGAAUCCAAUAUCUCGGCAAGCGCCUCGCAAAAUACGUGCUUUCGCUCACCUAUCCAGAUCAACCUUACCUACCGGCUAAGAGCCCGAAAGGGAAGAUUCUUACAAAGUCUAGGACAGGCUCGAAGUCGACGGUGCAGGGCGCCACGGAACCGGCGCACAAGAACAGCAGUAUCAUCAAAGACGAACACCACCAUCACCACCAUCUACCUUAUCGAAUUACCAGCAUCAGCUUCGUGGGCCACUCCCUAGGCGGAGUUGUACAGACAUAUGCCAUCGCCUACAUCCAAAAGCACUCUCCGGAGUUCUUCGACCUGAUUAAGCCGAUCAACUUUAUCGCACUCGCCACCCCUUUCCUCGGCUUGAGCAACGAGAAUCCUGUCUAUGUCAAGUUUGCGCUUGAUUUUGGCCUUGUGGGCCGGACAGGGCAAGAUCUGGGUCUGACCUGGCGCGCCCCGACCUUGGCAAAGAGUGGAUGGGGCGCCGUCAUCAAUGGCUUGACGAGUGAAGCUCAGAAAGCACAGAAAGAGCCGGAUCCUGGGGCAAAGCCGUUAUUACGCGUACUGCCGACAGGCCCAGCGCACGUUGCUCUCAAGAAAUUUCGAAACCGAACCGUCUAUUCAAAUGUCGUUAACGAUGGGAUAGUGCCCUUGAGAACAUCUUGCCUUCUUUUCCUCGACUGGCGAGGGCUAGGACGAGUGGAGAAAGCUAGGCGAGAAAACGGCUUGGUGGGCACGAUGGUAAGCUGGGGUUGGGCAGAAGUGACGGGUCAAAACGCGGCGACUCCUCGGAAGUCACUGGCUAGUGGCGAGUUCUACAGUGGCAGUGGUAGUGGCGACGAGAGCAGCCACGAUGACAAGUCGUCAUCCGAUCCUCAGUCAAGUGUACCCCAGGCAGAGGCAAGUCAGGGGUUUGACGACGACCAAAGAGCAGAACCGAAAGCGAGUCAGUUCAUGGGGAAGCAAACAGUCCAGGAUUCCACGCAAGGUCGGGAUGGUUCCACCACGACAUUGUCGGCGCCAAACCUGUGGACUGGGCUCCUGAAUCUUUUCCGACCACAAGCCGGUCACCAGAAGUCCGAGGUGAAAAGUCCACGAAAGGUGCAAAAGAUAUAUCGACGAGGCCAGACAAUGCAUCACGACGAUCCAGAUGGCCCACAACGCUCAAGCGAGCCUUCCCAAGAAGGACAAGAGGAAGGACCCGACAACGACGGGGUCGAUGAUGGGAAAGGGGUGGUCCGAGGCUCUUCUUUGUAUACGAAUGGCUCGGAGAACGGCGAACUCGAAGCUCCCCCCAAAACAUCAUUCUUUGAAUCCGCCGGUGAUCUGCUCAGCCCCCCAUUACCGACGCGAGAGUUCAUUAUGGAUCCCAGUGCUCGACCCAGGACGAUCUGGCACGACCGCGUCUAUCAUCCUGAGGAUAUCCCGCCCCCGCCAGCCAAACGUCCACGAACGUUCAUGGUGAUGCGGUCAGGUUCGCGUGAUGAGCCCGUCAAGUCUCCUGAAUCACCCAGCGACCUCCCCGCUGCAGAGUCAAGUCAGUCCUCUGCAGCGCCCCAGGCAGUUGGGGCCAUGAAAAUCGAAGAAAAGAUUGCACGUGCCUAUCACAAGGACUUAUCAUGGCGCAAGGUACUCGUGCAGCUGGAGCCUGAUGCUCACAACAACAUAAUUGUGCGUCGUAUGUUCGCCAAUGCGUACGGAUGGCCUGUUGUCAAGCAUUUGUGUGACACCCACUUUGCAUAUACUGCCGCGGCGAGGACUCGAGACGAGGACGAACCCAAUACGGAGCGAGCGAAGCCAAGCAUGGUCGCUGUCCGAGAGGAUGGGGAACAUGUCGAAGGCCAGACGGACUUGCCAGUCGAGGAAGAUGUGGAUAAGCACGGCCAGGAUGAGAGUAAAGAAGGUGACGCCGACCGGUCGCGAAGUGCCGAGGCUAUAUCUGUGAUGACUGCAAGUCCGGCGGAAGUGGAGCAUGCUCAUCAGGAUCUGCAGAGGCUGCACACGCGGUGGGAGGUUCGCCAGCGCGCAGUCCGCACCGAGUCUGAGGUUCGAGAGUCUCGCGAUGACUUGUCUGAGCUGGUGUCGAAGAUUAGCGUUGGCGGCGAGAGCAGCUACAACAGCUACAGCAGCAUGAACUCGGGCAAGGCCGCUCUGUCGCGGCUAGCUCGUCAAGACAGUGCCAGAUGGAGUGAUCGGUUCUUCGAGGGCAGUGACGACGGUCACGACGAUGGGGAUGACGACUCUGUGCUUGCGAACGAGAUUAGGAAGGCUCAGGCCCGAGCUGAGAUGGACAAGUCGGAUGACUGUUCUGAAGUCACAGGCGCCACCAUCGCAACGACCUUGACCUCCAGCCCUCAGAGCACGAACCUCGUGCCGGCCAAGGAAGAAGCUGAACCAGAUAUAAUUCUAGAGCCAGAGCUGCCGUUGACGGCAGAGCCGGCCGAAUUGGAACCUUUGUCGCAUUCGUCGGGGUCGAGCACACCCCAGGCGCACCCGGAUACAGACUCGCCACUGGGUUCGAUAGCAUCGACCAGUACACCAGGGACAGGAAUUGGAUUAUCGCUCGGGGUGCCUGCCGAAGAGAGGUGGCUCCCCGAGACGCGUGGGGUCAGUAGGAAUGCAGUAGAUGCCGGGAGUGAAGGACAGGGAAGUGUGGGAAUAGCCGAACAAGUUGCUUUGGCGCAGGUCAAGGAGCAGCAAGGCGUGGAACCGGAACAGGGCGUUUGA